ACACUUGAGACAGAAUGUAUAUGGAUGAGUUUUACUGUAUAACUGCAGUACAGACCGGAAACAGUGAUUUUCAGCUGCAGUUCCCUCUCUGUCCUCCGGGUGGCGGCGGUGCAGCUUUUACCGAGUUGUUUCUACCGUAAACAUGAGUAGAGGAAGCUAGCGAGCUGUAAACAAAGCUGAGUCGCAAACCUGUUCGACAACUAUUAAACCCCCUGGUGUGAUGAGAUAUGAUCAGACAUACUUCUGCGUAACACUAAAGGCUCUCCGGACUCUGGCGGUCACUCAUCCAUGAGCAGCAGCAGCAGUUCAGUCCGGCCCCCGGGACCUGCCAUGACCCGGCCUGCGGUCUGACGGAUCGAUGAUGGCUGCAGAGCUGUUUCCCACCAAGAAGCUGGUCCCCUCCGCCUCAGCGAGCAGCACCACCUCCUCCUCCUCCAUCCAGCAGUACCAGCAGCAGAACCUGACCAACAACAACACCAGCACCAGCACCACCGGCCAGGCCUGCUGCAACUGGCAGGGCCUGUACCCGACAAUCCGGGAGAGGAAUUCAGUCAUGUUCAACAAUGAGACGAUGGCAGAUGUUCACUUUGUGGUCGGGCCGCCUGGCGGGACGCAGCGAGUACCAGGGCACAAGUACGUCCUGGCUGUCGGCAGCUCGGUGUUCCACGCCAUGUUUUAUGGAGAACUGGCCGAGGAUCAGGAUGAGAUCCGGAUCCCUGACGUGGAGCCUCCUUCAUUCCUGGCCAUGUUGAAGUACAUCUACUGUGAUGAGAUCGAUCUGUGCGCCGACACGGUCCUUGCCACCCUCUACGCCUCCAAAAAGUACAUCGUGCCUCACCUGGCCCGGGCCUGCGUCAGCUUCCUGGAGACGAGCCUGAGCGCCAAGAACGCCUGCGUGCUUCUGUCUCAGAGCUGCCUGUUCGAGGAGCCCGACCUGACUCAGCGCUGCUGGGAGGUGAUCGACGCUCAGGCCGAGCUCGCUCUGCGCUCCGAAGGCUUCUGCGACAUCGACACCCAGACACUGGAGAGCAUCCUGCGGCGAGAGACGCUCAACGCCAAAGAGAUGGUGGUGUUUGAGGCGGCGCUGAACUGGGCUGAGGCCGAGUGUCAACGGCAAGACAUGACGCCGACUAUAGAGAACAAGCGCCUGGUCCUGGGGAAGGCCAUCUACCUGAUCCGCAUCCCCACCAUGGCGCUGGAGGACUUUGCCAACGGGGCAGCGCAGUCCGGUGUGCUCACGCUCAACGAGACCAACGACAUCUUCCUGUGGUACACCGCCGCCAACAAGCCUGAACUGUUGUUCUGCACAAAACCUCGGAAAGGCCUGUCACCGCAGCGCUGCCACCGCUUCCAGUCCUGCGCCUACAGGAGCAACCAGUGGCGCUACCGAGGCCGCUGCGACAGCAUCCAGUUCGCCGUGGACAAGCGUGUCUUCAUCGCCGGCUUCGGCCUGUACGGCUCCAGCUGCGGUUCAGCCGAGUACAGCGCCAAGAUCGAGUUGAAGCGUCAGGGCGUGCCGAUGGCCCAGAGGAUCAUCAAGUACUUCUCGGACGGCUCCAGCAGCACCUUCCCCGUGUGGUUCGACUACCCGGUGCAGAUCGAGCCCGACACCUUCUACACCGCCAGCGUGGUGCUGGACGGCAACGAGCUCAGCUACUUCGGCCAGGAGGGCAUGACAGAGGUGCAGUGUGGGAAAGUGACCUUCCAGUUCCAGUGCUCCUCGGACAGCACCAAUGGCACCGGGGUGCAGGGAGGCCAGAUCCCCGAACUUAUCUUCUACGCCUGAGCCGUGCUGGAGGGCGGACGCCGCAGAGAUUCCCGUUUCACUGCCAUGUAGUCUUUUUAUUUUGAAAGUUUGGAGACGUUCUGAGGAAGCUGCUAGAGGACAGAGGCGCUCCUGGAUUUACUGCGGAGCCUUCGAGAUGCUUGAGGACGGUUUGAUUAGAACAUGAAGACACGGUCAAGAAGACCGGAGCCGCACAUUCCUUCACUAUCUGUGUUGUUGUUUUGUUUCACAGCAGCUGUUGUUGUCGUUACCGCUGUUUCCGUUUAUUAGUUAAAGGUAAAGCAGGAGUUACACAACUAUCAAAAUACAGUGGGUACGGAAAGUAUUCAGACCCCUUUAAAUUUUUCACUCUUUGUUUCAUUGCAGCCAUUUUCCAAAAAUCAAAAAAGUUCAUUU